GAAAAAGCUACCAAAAAGUGAUUCAAUUUACAAUAUUCAUAAAUAACAAUUUAUAUUGUGCUAUAAAUAUACAAACAUCAUACAUAAGAACCAUUAUACUCGUACAUACGUUGGAGUGAGCAUCAGAAAUACAAAUAAAUUUUAACAGCUAUAAAAAAAAAAUUCAGGUGUAAGAAAAGAAACUAUACACACAUAAUAUGGCGAAGAACAUAAUGCUAGACAAUAAAAUUACCUUCUCUAAUACAAAAGUAAUCCUUUUGAUACUAGGAUUUUUGGCAACAAUUCAAUUGUCAUUACAAAUACCAACUAUUCCAUUGCCACUAAAAUUAAAUACACAAUAUAAUAUAGAAUCAUUUAAUAUAAAAUCACUGAACCAUAUGAGAGAAGUAAACAAUGACUUUAAAAAUAGAAUUUCAUCGAAAAAUGAAUUCAACAACGAUUCCAAUAAAAGAAUAAAGGAAGAAGAAGAUUUGAAUUUAGAAAUUAAGACUCCAGGACAAAAAUUAAUUCAUUCAAUACCAAAAGAAGAUCGAGCUCAUUUUAUAGUUUAUCAUUUAGCAGAAGAAUUAAAUAAUUGUUCAAUAAGAUCAAGAACGCAAAUUGUUUUACCAAAUGAUGUGGGAAUUCCAUAUGACAAAUAUUUGGAAUUUAAGAACAUUACAACAUAUGAUAAUUUCUCAAAGGAUUUGUUAGAUUGGACUAAAAUUAUAUUGGCAACUGAUAAUACUGGAAUAAAUAAAUUUGUUAGAACAAGAAGUGCAUGUCCAUCAUGGGGUUGUUUUGAUCCAAAUGAUAUAGGUCAAAUGUGUUGUCCAUUUUGAAAUGUAAAAAAAAAAGAGAAUAAAUUUAAAAGAGAAUAAAAUAGAAAACAAAAAAAAAACACUUAUUUUAAAAAUGAGGACAAAUAAUUUAAUUUUAUAAAAAAAAUGCCAUUUGUAAUUUUAUUUUCUAAAUUAAUUGAAUAUUUUUAUUGAAGAAUGAAGUUGAAAAUAGUUUUUGAUAUAUUUAUAUGGUAUAUGUACAUGUAUAUAUAAAGAUUCACCUUGAAAUUUUUGUUGAAACAAAAUAA